CGCGGACGAGGUGCUGCUGCGUCCCAGCGGAGCCCAGUUGACGGUGGAGUACCUGGAGGAGAAGACCUUCAGCGUCCCCAUCUUGGUGGCCCGAAAAGAAGGGUUGGGGAUGACCUUACCUCCCCCGACCUUCACCCCCCGGGACGUGGAGCAUUACGUGGGGGCGGAGAAGGUCAUCGACGUCAUCGACGUGGGGCGCCAAGCCGACUGCCGCAUGCGGUUGGGGGAUUUCGUGGCCUACCUGGGGGGAAACCGUCGCGACCGCGUCCUCAACGUCAUCAGCCUGGAGUUCUCCGACACCCG